GCAUAUUAACACCACACCUACAACUGUACAGCAUACAGUCUCUGCAGAAAGUCCUCCAGCAGAUCUUUAGUAUGCCCACUCACAGCAGCCUGCUUCUCCUUGUCACUUUUUGGGCUUCAGUUCAGGAAGGUUUGGCUUUUCCAGUCCUGAAAGAACCAGGAGUGGAAGCCAGGGAUGUCUCAACCCACCAUGUGAGGACCAAGCGGUGCGCUUGUAGUAACCAGCUGGACUCUGAGUGUCACUAUUUCUGCCAUCUGGAUAUCAUCUGGAUUAACACACCCAGCAAGACAACAACUUAUGGUCUAGGUGGUGCUUUGUUACGACGCAGGCGGUCAACCGGCCGUUGUACUUGUGCCAUCCAUGAAGAUCAAACCUGCACCACUUUCUGCCAUCUCCGCCCUGAAAUCAAACCUAUGAAGAGACCUCAGUUCAACAUAAUAAGCAUCCUGAGGGCUGCGGUCGACAGGUUAAACGAAGCUCAGGAUGCACACCUUUCAGACAAAGAGGAAACUUCUUGGCCUGAGAGGAAGAACGCUUGAUGAACGGUGUGGCUGCAGAAGUAGUGAGAAUGAAAGAAAAAGAGAGUGGGAAGCGAGCACCUGAACAAAUGACACUCCUUUUGUAUAGAGGAGGGUAAAAAAAAAAGGGUUGCUGAAAGAUACGUCCGACCCAGGAAGGUCAGAGUGCCACACAGAUGUCAGUUUGUAGCCACAAAUAGUGGAAAACAUGAUGGAGGUCUCCAGGCGUAUAAUGAAAGAAGAGGAGGAUGAUCGGAGUUGAUAAGACGUGAAACCAGGUUAGGGUUAACUCGGAUUAGUCUAGUCUGUAGGAGCUGAAGUGACUGUUUCUAUGUCACUGUACAGACAGGCCAGACCCAAGCAAGAGAUGCUAAAUGUAAAACAAGUAUAGGAUUUUAUUUUUCUUAUAUGCAAAUAAUAUUGUUACUCCGUUUGACGUUUUUCGGAUAAUUUUCCUAUUAUUUAAGUAAUUUCUUUUAUCGUUUACCAUUUAUAAAAUUGAUGUUGUGAUAGCUGACGGGGUUAAAGUUUAGUUAUUGUGUUAGUGUGCAAAAGUAAACAAAAAGUUCAUAUAUAAGAAUUUUAUCAAGUUCCAUGUUUCUCUUUAUGUAA